AUGUCUGCUAUAGAGGACCGCAAGCCAGCGCCGGACGCUGCCGAAGACGACGCCUACUUCCCAUCACCGUUCUCACUCACCCAAUACGUCGCACCAAAGACCGACUUCGACGGCGCGAAUUACCCAAAUGCAUACCAAGGCAAGAAAUGGAAGAUUCUCCUGAUCGCCUGUCAAGAGCGAUACCUGAAAAUGGCCGAUGGCAAAUUCUUUUCCACUGGCAACCACCCGGUCGAGAUGCUGCUUCCUAUGAUUCACCUCGACGCCGCCGGCUUCGAUAUCGACAUCGCCACCAUCUCAGGUAACUCCGUGAAGUUCGAGAUGUGGGCCUUCCCAAAGGAAGAUGAAGCUGUCAAGGCCAUCUACGAGAAGUACAGGCCCAAGAUCCGCAACCCGCUCAACCUCCAGGAGGUGUGGGGCAAAGGCUUCAGCAAGGAGACUCCUUACGUUGGCGUUUUCGUCCCAGGUGGUCAUGGGGCUUUGAACGACAUUCCUAAGUCUUUGACCGUUGGCAACAUCCUUCGCUGGGCAGACGCUAACAAGCGCUACCUGAUCACCCUGUGCCAUGGACCGGUCUGCUUGCUGGCGGCAAAUGUCGGCAAGCCGGAGGGUGAAAAGUUCAUCUACGAUGGUUACGAGAUCGAUGUCUUCCCAGACUCGCUCGACACCGGCGCCAACAUCGACAUUGGGUACAUCCCGGGCAAGAUGGAGUGGCUGGUGGGUGAGCAACUUCGAAAGUUGGGUGUCAAGCCUCUGAACAAGGACAUCACAGGUGCAGUGCAUCGGGACCGAUACAUUCUGACGGGAGACUCACCACUGGCCUCGAACAACUUGGGCAAGUUGGCGGCGAACACGUUGCUUGAGGAGGUUGCAGCUUUAGGUUGA